AUGAAGUCCGGCAUCCUCGCGGCCCUCGUGGCAUCCGCCAACGGCGCGGUCAUCUGGGACGGCCGAUUCAACGACCUGAGCAGCUCGGCCGACCUCAACGACUGGUCGUGGGGCAACCAGGUCGGGCCGUACCAGUACUACAUCCACGGCUCCGGCACAGUGGACAAGUACAUCAACCUGUCGCCCGACUUCAAGAACCCCGACGACGCGGUGUCGGCGCAGGGAGCCAAGUUCACCCUCGACAGCACCGCCUUCUGGAACGGCCAGAACAUGCGGCGCACCGAGCUGAUCCCGCAGACGACCGCGGCCAUCAACCAGGGCAAGGUGUUCUACCACUUCAGCGUCAAGCGCGAGGACACCAACGCCCCGAGCGUCAACCGCGAGCACCAGAUCAACUUCUUCGAGAGCCACUUCACCGAGCUGAAAUACGGCUGGAUCAGCGGCGAGUCGGGCACCGAGAACCCCAACCUGCAGUGGAUGGUCAGCCAGCAGAGCCACUGGAAGACCGAGUGGGUUGCCGGCGUCUGGCACAACGUCGCCUACGAGAUCGACUUCUCAGCCAACACGGUCGGUUUCUGGCACUCUGAGGGUAAUGCGCCGCUUGAGCAGGUCGUAGCCCCCGUGUCGGCCUCGACGUCGUCCAACGGUGCUGAUUGGCACUUGGGCGUGCUUGAGCUGCCGCGUGAUGGGUAUGCGGAUGCCAACGAGGACUUUUACUUCUCGGGUGUCUACAUCGAGGACGGCGAGAUCACCACCGAGGUUGGCGGGCCGGUGGCAUAA